UCAAAUUUCUCAUAAUUUAUAUUAAAACAUUGGUAUUGAUUACCUGAAAUGGCAAUCUGAUUAUCUGGAAUGUGUGGUCAAUCGCAACAAAAAUUUAAGUUGGAUUAGUUUAUACUUUCCAGGUUUUGCGCUCCUAUAGAGAAAGCAAGAACUCUCCAGGUAAACUUUGCUUCGCUGUUUUCGUAUAACGUGGCUAUAUUUCCACUCCAUCAAAAGUCGACGACUUUUGAUGACGGAGAUCACGGAGAUUUGGCAAUAUCCGUGGCGAUAUUCUUGUUCGGAGAUAUUCAUGAGUUUCUGUGUGGAGGGGAUGGUACAUAUACUUUUAAUUUUUCCUCUCCAUCUUACUUGUCUUGUUAUUUCACGUUAGCUCAUCAUUGCUUUCAACGUGCAGUUUCUCUUUCAAACACAAACAGUUGAGAUUGUUAAAUAUGGCUCACCACUGGAUUAUUAUUUAUCUACUUGUAGUAUGUGCACAUCUAUCGUAUCAGAGAUCAACAUCAAAGGCAGCAAAUUACAUAGCGGCUGUAGUAGAGUAUCCUCCAAAAUAUUUAACAAACAGCAGCGAAACUUUGAAAGUAAAUUCCGAUGCAUAUGUCAGACUUAUUGCAGCAGCAAGUCGUAAUAAAGUUGAUAUAAUUGUUUUCCCUGAAGACGGCUUGACAACAACUACUUUUCCAGAAAGAGCAGAAAUGGGAGAUUGGACAACUAUUAUUCCCAGUACCUCGGAGAAUUAUACACCUUGUACUCAAGAUACUAUCAAAGUCAGCGAGACAUUGAAGAAAAUAUCAUGUGCUGCGAGAAAUAAUGAAAUCUAUGUAGUACUCAAUAUCGCUGAGAAAGAAGCUUGCACUGCCGAACCGUGCCCAAAUGAUAAAGUAUUCUAUUACAAUAGUAACGUUGUAUUUGAUCGCACAGGAAAGAUUAUUGCCAGGUAUCGUAAAACAAAUCUUUUUAAGGAAUACCAAUUCAAUGUGACAGCAGUGCCAGAAGUAGUGAGCUUUGAUACUGAUUUUGGAGUGAAAUUUGGAACUUUUAUAUGUUUCGACAUAUUAUUUCACGAGCCUGCAUUAAAUUUGACAAGAGAUCAUCAAGUUACUGACAUUGUAUAUCCUACGGCAUGGUUUUCUGAUGCACCAUUCUUAACAGCUGUACAAACGCAAACAGGAUGGUCCUCUGCUGAAGACGUAAAUCUUUUAGCUUCAGGCUAUAAUAGACCUGGCGUUGGCAGUGCUGGUAGUGGAAUUUACUUAGGUCGUAAAGGGGUCGGUACUGCGAUAAUGCCUAUAACUACGGACGAAGAAUUAUUGAUAUUUAAAGUUCCCAAAAUAACUCAGAGAGCUAGAUAUAAUAACAACUACCAUAAUCAUUUAAAGGAUCAAAAACAGAAAGCUAAAUAUUACAACAAACACACAGACGAUGAAUUACGUAAGAAACAGAAAGGCAACACAAUGAUAGUUGAGGAUAAAAUAUUGUUAAUGCACGAAGAUUUUCACGUCUUUGAAACGGUUGCUUUAGAAGGAAGCACCACGGAAAUUGUCUGUCAAAAUGGCUUCUGUUGCAAGUUUAAAGUAGAGGUAGUGAAAAUAGAUCCAAAUACAAAAUAUCGCUUGGUAGUUUUUAAUGGUAUUCGUCUUUAUGGUACCGUUAAAGGUGGUGUACGUGCAUGCGGCAUAAUUCAAUGCUCGAAUGACUCUGUCUCGUCAUGCGGUUCUGUGAAACAAUCGAAAAUGGUAUUCAACAAUAUUGAAAUUGCGGCAACAUUUCAUAAUUAUAAGAACAGUUUAAUUAUGCCGUCUACAUUAAAUCCAGAUUUACUUCCGCUUAACAAUUGGAUAUUUAAUAAACAUGCUCACAACGAUUACGUAUACGUUAACAUGAUCCUAAAUGACAAUCUAAACAAUUUAGUAACAUUUGGAAUAUAUUCGAGAGAUUUCAAUAAAGACGAUACAAAUACGGCUUUUUAUUAAUUAAAAUAUAACAUAUAGCGUUAUUGGUGCUAUGAUGUUUAUUUGCUCUUACCAAUAUUGUAAUUUUUAUAGUUACA